AAAAAAUGGGGGUGUUCUAAAACUUUUAACUAAUAGUGUAGAUUCAUUAAGUUUGUUUUAAACUACAUGAAAACUCCAGGGUCUAACAUAAAGCAUUUUCUCUCAUCAGAGUAUAAAGAGAUCAGACUGACUGAGGGCUGUGAGGGGAAUCUGGAGGUGUUCUAUAAUGGACCCUGGGGGAAUGUGUGUAACAAUGGGAUGGAUGUAGAAACAAUGGGUCUCAUCUGUCGGGAGCUGAACUGUGGAAGAUUUAAGACUGAGAGAGCUACCAAAGCACGAGUGGAAUCAGCUCCUUACUGGCUGGAUGAUGUAAAAUGUAGGAAACAUGACUCUACUCUGUUUCACUGUCCAUCUUCAUCCUGGAGUCAGAACAAUUGUGAUAGAAGCAGUGAGGUGACUCACAUUACCUGCUCCGGAGAGAAGAAACAGCUUGCAUUUGAAAACCUUCAAAAAUUCUUCUUAUUUCCAAACCAGGGUCAGUGCUCAAAUUACAUGCCUAUUAGGUUGAGAGGAGGAGAGGAAAUCUGUUCUGGGAGGUUGGAGGUGUAUCAUAAUGCUGAGUGGGGGUCUAUAUGUGCUGAUCUGUGGGACAUCAGGGAUGCUCAGGUGGUCUGCAGGCAGCUGGGUUGUGGGCCGGCGCUGAGUGCUAAUAGAAGAGCUGCUGAUGGUUCUGGUGGAGGAACUAUCUGGAUGAACAGAGUGAAGUGUAGAGGGGAUGAGAUUCACCUGUGGGACUGUCCUCAUUCCCUGAAGAUCCACACUGGCUGCUCCCACAGUGCUGGAGUCACCUGUGCAGACAUAUUUGUCACAUUACCUUUUUCAUCUGAAACAACUACAACUUACACCACAGUACCAGCACAGCUAACAGAGAAAAAGACAGUCCCUCCUUCAAAUAAUCCAUCAUCUAAUUUUCCAUACAUCUAUCCAGUGUCUCUCCUGGUUCUGGGAUCUGUGCUCUUCCUGGCCUUAGUGCUUCUGGUUGUGCUGUUUUAUCAGAACAGAGUGCUCAGGAGAGUGAUUUCUAAGGCGAGGAGGAAGACUCUGCUUGAGGCAGUCUAUGAAGAGAUUAACCAUAAAUGUGUCACUAACAGAUAUACUAAAAGAGGAAGUUUAAUCUCUGAAGAUCAGCAUUCAGGAUAUGAGGACGUAGAUGAGGAACUUCUCUCAGAAAACUAUGGCGAGGUCUAUGAUGAUAUCAUACCUGCUGAAGAGAGCCCACACAUUACAACAGGUUCUUGAGUCUUAUCUGGCUGAGUAGAGGUAAAGCUUGUUCUGCUGCUGAGUUGAGCAGUGUGUGUGCAAGAGAUGGACAUCCGAGUUCUACUCAUUUUUCUAUUGACCACUGUCACUCUCGUCACAUCUGGAUGUUGUUGGAAAGGCAGUGAAUGGUAUAAAUUCCUUUAUCCUCGAAGAACUUAACUACUUUCUCCACAUCGGGCCGGGGAUUGUCAUGCACCGUGAGAAACCACGGACUCACUGCGCCAGCGUAGGGUCUUACAAUGGGUUCAA